CUCUCGGCCGCUGCCUCUGCGCCUCUCAUGUCCUUCGCUACCAAUGAUUGGCCUCCGAUGCAUCUCCGAUACACAUGGCUAUCGGCCGUUCACCAGGGGGGAUCUCAGACAUAAAUAGGGCCUCGAUGCUUGUCCAGAUGGGAUCUUGUUUCUCAACUCAAGCAAUUACAAUCAUUCAGAUCAAACAAUAACUUUCUUUCAAUAUCAACUGUCUACUUGAGAUCUAGUUAUCUCGACAACACUUUCAUUCAAACACAACCACUUUACGAUCUGUCGAUCAGAUUCAACUAUCUUUGAAAACAAACACUUUUUUUAUCUAUCUUUAUCAAAAACCAUAAUGCUGUUCUCCAAGAUCGUUUCCAUUGCCGCCUUGGCCACCCUCAGCUCCGCCCUUCCCACUCCCACCAACGGCUCUGUUGUCCGUCGCGACGGUGGAGGCGUCAACAUCAUCAACAACCUGGGUUCUACCGUCUACGCGUGGUCUGUCACUGAUAGAGUCAGUGACAUGCAUACCCUCUCUGCGGACGGUGGAAACUACCAGGAAGGCUGGCGCACCAACGACAACGGCGGUGGCAUCUCCAUCAAGCUCUCCACCACUGAGGAGCAGAAGGAUGUCCUCCAGUUCGAGUACACCCAGAGCGACGACACCAUCUACUGGGACAUGAGCUGCAUCGACAUGGCCCCUGACUCGGUGUUCACCAAGUAUGGUUUCGCUGUUGAACCCUCUCACGUCACCGAGUCUUGCCCGUCUGUCAACUGCCAUGCGGGCGAUACCCACUGCGCUGAGGCUUAUCUCCAGCCCAAGGACGACCAUGCCACCCACGGUUGCCCGCUCGACACCACCUUUACUCUGAAGAUGGGCAACUAGAUUGUCUAUUGGAUCGGGAACUAGUUUGCUCGUUUGAGGUCGUUCUUCAAUACGUCGUUCGUUUGAAAGCCUACAGCGCAUUCAAUCUCUACAAAGUCAUUCUUUCAACCGUCUUCAAUCUACAACGCUCGUUUUCAUAACGACGUCUCUUGAAAGGCCAACGUCGUUCGCUACCUCAUCCGACAAACGUCGUUCUUUCAAGCCAAAUCCACCAACGUCGUUCCCUACUUCUUCUUUCUCCACACGUCGCUCGUUUCCUCUACGACGUUUUCAACCCCACUUCAAUCUUUCUUUCUUUUUCACUCCUUCCACUUUUGAUGAUAUGUUUAUGAUUCCCCACUGGAGUUCGACUCCUAGUUUUUGUUUGAUUGAUUCUUUCUUUUUGUGGUUUUCUAUCGUUAUUCCUACUCCUGUCUUGCUUGUCAUGUUGAUAGACCUAUA